AUGUCAUCAAUACGACAACUAAUCCAACCAUCAUACCAACCUGUGUUUUGCAACGACACUCUCACUCUAAUUUUGAAUUAUUUAGAUUCCAAAUUCAUUCUUUGUGUUGGAAUGAAAGUUUCCAAACAAUGGUACAUGGUGUGUUUGGAAAUUCCAAUGACAAGUUUGGAUUUAUCUUUCAAAGAUCGAAUGAUUCAUACAGAACAUGUAGAAGAACAGACAUGUCACAUUCAACGACAUGAUUAUUUUCGAAAAAUGAAUGAUGAAAAGGUGUCAAAUUUAAUUUCACAUCCAUGUCUUGCUUUGAAUAUACAUUUGACACAUUUAGAUGUUUCAUUUCAUGAUUUUGGAGAUGUUGGAGCAUCGAUCAUUUGUAACAGUAAAUGCGUGACGCAUUUGAAAUUAUUGAGAUUGGCUUGUAAUGGAAUUUCGAAUUUUGGUUUCAUUCAAAUCAUUCACAGUUUUUAUUUGAAAAAUUUAAUUGUGCUUCAAUUGCAUCAUAAUGAAAUUAGUGAUGAGGGAGCGGUGGAAUUGGCGAAUAGUGAAAUGUUUCGUCGUUUGGAAUGUUUAGAUUUGAGUUAUAACAAGAUUGGAGAUUUAGGAGCAAAGGCCAUUGCAAAUGUUAAUUCCUUCUUAGAAGUGUCAAAUGUCACCAAGCAAGACACCACAAAAUUAACGACACUCAUCUUUACAGGUAAUCCCAUCUCACAACAGGGAUCUCGCGCAUUGCAUGAACUCUUGAAAAAGAGGCUCCAAGUACUCUAUGUUGAACGACCUUUUGAAUUGGCGUUUGAUUAUUUAUCAAAUUCGACGGAACAACACAUUGAUUGGAUAACAAGGUUUCCAAGAUGGCCUCGUUUUCUGAGAGAAACACAAGAUCAACAAUAUCAUGAUGACGAUGAUUUGUAUCAAUAA